UUAUUUUUUCGCAUUUAAAACGAGACAAGGUUAUAAGUCAAGUUUUAAAAAGAAUAGCUGGAGGUACGUAAUGAAGGGUGACGAUUCUCACCACGUACGACAGAUUUUCCGAAGUCUGCUUGGGAAGACCUGGUGACAUUCAUUGAAGAGCGCGGGUUGGCGCGCCUGCGAGUGAACACGGGAGCGGAUGAAAGGACAAACCGGCAACCAAGUGAGCAAUGGUCCUAAGGAACACCAGCAGCAACAGCAAACGGAGCAUGCCGCUGGCGAGGACACUGGUUUCGACUCGUGGCGGGGCGGCAACAAUGCUCAGCAUCAUUCGAGUUAUCCGAUCGGCACCGGCGAUCCGUACAGCCCGUACUACGCCGGUACCUCGUUCCCUUAUCAGACCUUCGGCGCCGGCGAUGGCACCUGGUCGAACGGUACCGAUCCAGUCGCCUUUCUGUCCGGUUAUGGUGGUCAAAUAAGCCACGAUGCAUACGGCAUGGAUGGCAUGUUCUCGGCGUCGGCAGCCGGCGGUGGUUUCAGCGCGUUCGGCCAACCGCCGUUCAACUACUUCCAUGGCAACGGUGACUUCAAUACAUGGGGUACACCAAGGAGGACCAAGUACGAGGAUUACUAUCAACCGCAGCGCGGCAACGAGAGCUAUGUUAAUCCGGCAGCGAGCGGUACCGGCGAGAUCAAGACCAUCGAGCAGGGCGUGCAGGGUCUGUCGAUCGGCGGCAGUGGUGGCGGUGAGAUCUUGCCACGGCAAGAUCAGCAACAUCCGCAGCAGGCUACGGCGCAGCAGAUUAAGCCCGAGCCGAAGGAACCGAGAAAGAUAACGUGGGCGAGUGUGGCGAGUCAGCCGGCGAAACCGGUACCGCCACUCUCGUCCUCGCAAGGAAUGAAGAAAAAGGCGGGCAUGCCGCCACCGCCUAUCGUGCCGGGUAAGCACAAUAUGGACAUCGGGACGUGGGGUGAGGGCAAGUCUUCCGCACCGCCGCCGCCUACGGCGCUCCCGCCACCGCAGGUGCAGCCGCCGAUUCCGCCGCCGCCGCCGCCCGUCCAGAGGCAGCAACGACCGCAACAGCCCCCACAACCGUGUUGGAACAGACAGCCAUCCGCAACGGCAACCCCAUCGAUUCCGCAACCACAGUCACAGACGCAAAUCCAUAUGCCGCCGCAAUCGCAGCAGCAUCAGCAGUCGCAUCAACACCAUCAUCAGCAGCAACAACAUCAGCAAGUGCAGCAACAGCAGCAUCAACAGCAGCAGCAGCAGCAGCAACAACAACAACAACAACAACAACUUGCCCAGGGCAACCAGUCGCAUCCAGUUCUCGAUGAACUAAAAGUAAAGAACGAUUACAAUCCCGUGGACUUUGAUCAAGCCGCGCCUGGCGCGAGGUUUUUCGUGAUCAAAUCUUACUCGGAAGACGACAUCCAUCGGUCCAUCAAAUAUGAAAUUUGGUGCAGCACGGAGCAUGGUAACAAACGGCUGGACCAGGCUUACCGGGAAGCGAGUCGUGAAGGUGCGCCCCUUUAUUUGUUCUUCUCUGUAAAUGGAUCCGGUCAUUUCUGCGGCAUGGCGCAGAUGGUCUCCCCUGUUGACUAUCAGAGCAACAGUAGUGUCUGGUCUCAGGACAAGUGGAAGGGUCAGUUUCGCGUUCGUUGGAUAUACGUGAAGGAUGUUCCUAAUGUGCAACUGCGACACAUUAAGCUUGAGAACAAUGAGAAUAAACCGGUGACCAACUCGCGAGACGCACAAGAGGUCCCGCAUGCGAAAGGUGUCACAGUAUUGCGUAUCUUGCAUACUUAUCGUCAUUCUACGAGCAUCUUCGACGACUUCGGGCAUUACGAGCGCCGGCAAGCCGAGGAGGAUCAGCGUAAAGCCCCAAAUCCUAUACAACAUCAUCAUUCUUCCUCUAAUCAUAGAAAUAGAGGACAUGUCUCAGAUAUGUCCAGAGACCACCAUCAGCAUGGUCAUCAGCCUCAUCUGCAUCAGCGCAAGGAGCGUGGUGGUCGUAGUGGUAGAGGAGGUUCGCGCCAGUAGCGCUUAAUAUUGGAGAGACGUAAUGCUGUUAACGAGAGUAAUCGAUGUAAAGGAAGCACGCUACGACUAAUAAUCACGUCCUACAACUUAUCUUUGCUUUCCCGGAUCCACGAUGGGCUUCUUCUGAUUUCCUGUGAUCGAACAUUUGUUGACUUCGGCCGUGUUGUUCUUUCGUUAAAAUGAUUAAUCCGAUAAUCAGAUAACACUAGCAUCGCGUCGGCAUCAUCGUAAAAUAAUAUAUAACCGCAACUUCUAAGGAAAAGGACGAGAAGAGAAAGAGAAAGAGAAACUCCUUAGCGGAAGGAUAAUGCACUAUUUCGAAGGAUAUUUGAUUAACUCCCUGACGAUUAUAAAGUAUAUAUAGUGUGGUGUUGCGUGCUAUUCAUCGAAAGGUGUUUCUUAAACGUACAAAUCAUAAAACAGGACAGAAGACAG